AUGUGCUAUUUAAAACUGUUUUUAGAAAUGGCCAAAGAAGAACCAAAAAAUGGAGCAGAAAGUGAGAUUAUGGCUUUGUUGGAGAGUCAUCCAGACGGAGUGACCAACGAGCAACUGCUUCAAAUGACCGCUGCAAUGGAGGGACGAGUACGUGGUGAAACAGUAAACAGUUUGUUAUCGUCGGGCAAAGUCGAGAUGCUACCUGGUACGAAACAAGGAUCGUUCUCGCUUCGAAUCAGAAGAGGUACACAAAUAGCUGAUGCUUCCCCUGAAGAACAAUUAAUAUACUCCCUUAUCGAGGAAUCUGAUAAAAUGGGUAUAUGGAUUCGUGAAAUACGAAGUCGUACAGGUCUACCUCAGACUCAGGUACGAAAGGCCCUUAAGGUACUCGAGCAACGGAAAUUGGUUAAGUUCGUUAAAGCAAUCGGCACAUCCAAGAAAUGCUAUAUGUUGUAUAAUGUUGAAGCAGACGAAUCUUUAACGGGUGGUGCUUUUUAUUCAGAACAACAACUUGAUUCACAAUUUGUUCAGACUCUCGUCCAUUUGUGUGUCAGUAUGUUACAGAGCAAAAGGAAGCAAUCAGAAGAAACGCAUAGAGGAGAUCCAUCAACAGCACGUGAAUAUUCGUAUGUUCGCUCAUCGGACAUCGCUCAGUUCGUGCGUGAUAAAGGUGUUUGUCGUGUGCAGCUAUCGUUGAACGAUAUCGAGAGCGUUCUUGCAAUUGCCGUUCUCGAUCGUGCCAUCGAACAACGUUCCGAUGGUAUGUAUCGCGCUCUAGGCAAUUCUCCGUCACGAUGCGCCACUUCACGGCUACCGUGUUUAUAUUGCCCGUUACUAUCUGAUUGUAUUCCUGGUGAUGAAAUUGCACCUGAAAACUGUGAAUAUUUCAAUCAGUGGCUAGCUAAUUCUUUAUAA